CUUGGUUUGGUCCUUGAAAGCCAGGGAAAGUACGAAGAAGCCGAAGCCAUACACCGGCGGACGUUACAAGACCGAGAGAAGGUGCUAGGGCCAGAACAUCCAGACACGCUCACCAGCGUCAGCAACCUUGGUUCAG